GGCGCAAUGCAUUGUGGGACAGUGCGUAAAGAUGGCUGCCCCUUCGGUCAUCACGUUCAAGUGUCAAUAACGGAGCUUUUCAAGUGUCACUUCUUACCAUGAUUAUAGUCUGAAUAACAACAUAUUCAACUGGGGUGCAACUGAAAAAGGGGAAGACAUGUUUGCUGUUGGGGGGUUACUUCGAGCAGGAGCAGCCUUCUUGCGGACGGCGGGAGCUCUGCGCGACCCAGCUCGGACCUUCUCCAGUGGUACGUGCUGCCACAUCAGGAUGAACGCUAUCCCCAAGCCCAAAGUGGUGGACAGGUGGGAUGAGAAAAGGAGCAUGUUUGGAGUUUAUGACAACAUAGGAAUCUUAGGAGAUUUCAAAGCUCACCCCAAAGACCUGAUCAUCGCCCCCUGCUGGCUGAAGGCCUUCAAGGGCAACGAGCUGCAGCGUCUCACUAGAAAGAAGAGGAUGGUGGGAGACCGAAUGAUGACUUUGGAAAAACAUAACCUGGAAAAGAGGAUCCGCUUCCUCUACAGACGCUUCAACCGCUAUGGCAAACAUCGCUAACGCGUCACAAUGGCGUCCCACAGAGUUGUGUAGUUAGUUGUUUUUGUAAGUUGUGUGGGUGUGUGUCUUGGAUGGAAAUUUAUCAGAACCUUUCCAUUCCUUUA